GAUGUGUCAUAUUUUACAAAAGAAAGGAAAAGUAAAUGGCACUACAUUUUAAAUAACAAUUCCAGAAAAUAAAUCAAUACUAAUAAAAUUAUUUUCUUCCUAUGAAGUACAUACGUCGGAGGUAACAACAUUGCUUUGAUAUUUAAUCAAGGUUAUAUAACCUUAUAGCCUUUAAAAAAUAAUGAUGACCUCAGCUGAAGUAGAAAGUUUUUCCUUAGAAAGAAAUAAUAGCAAUGAAUCAGUGCAAGUGAUAGUACGAUGUAGACCUCUUAGUGACAAAGAAAUUGAUUCAAAAUGUACCAGCGUAGUCAAGAUGUACUCUACCAGAGGAGUCAUUGAAGUAGAAAAUCCUAAAGCAAGAAGUGAAAAUGAAAGAAAUAAGAUAUUUACAUAUGAUGCAGUCUAUGAUGAAAACUCUACGCAGCAAAAUCUGUAUGAUGAAACUGUGAGGCCUUUAGUGGCAUCAGUUCUUGAUGGUUACAAUGGUUGUGUUUUUGCUUAUGGGCAAACUGGCACUGGCAAGACAUAUACAAUGGAGGGUAUAAGUGGCGAAGAAAUGGGGAUUAUACCGAGAGCUUUUGAGCAAAUAUGGGCCCAUAUUGAUAGAAAAACUGGAGUUGAAUUUUUAGUUAGUGUCCGAUAUUUGGAGAUUUAUAUGGAAGAAAUAAGAGAUCUCCUGAGGGCUAAAAGUACUAAAAAUUAUGAGCUUCGAGAAGUUAAUGGCCAAGGUGUGAUUGUAACAAAUUUACACUCUCAAACUUGCCAGAGUGCAAAAGACAUGUUAAAGGCUAUGAAAACUGGAAAUAAUAAUCGUACCACUGGCAUGACUAAUAUGAAUGAACAUAGUUCUCGGUCACAUGCAAUUUUCCAAAUAGUAAUUGAGAUGGCAGAAGAACAUUCAAAGUCAAUUAAAGUCGGAAAAUUGAAUUUGGUUGACCUUGCUGGUAGUGAACGGCAGUCGAAAACAGGAGCUACAGGUGAUCGUCUUAAAGAGGCUACUAAAAUCAACAAAGCUCUAUCUUCGUUAGGUAACGUUAUUUAUGCUCUUGCUGAAAAUUCCGCUCACAUUCCAUACCGAGACUCAAAACUUACCAGACUUCUACAGGAUUCUUUAGGUGGUAAUAGCAAAACAAUAAUGAUUGCAAAUGUAGGCCCUGCUAGUAUGAAUUAUGAAGAAACCAUAGUUACCUUAAGAUAUGCAUAUAGGGCUAAGUCCAUUAAAAAUAGUCCUGUCAAAAAUGAGGAUAUUAAAGAGGGUAAACUGUUGGGUCUCCAACAAGAAAUUGAAAGGCUUAAGCAACUUAUUAUGCAGAAAAGCAAUGGGGUAAUAAGUACCAAUAUUGAUAAUGUCGAAACGGAAUCCACAGAUAGCGAAGAUGAGAGUAACACUGAGGAGAAGGAGAAAAAACUAGAACUGGGUAAAAUGGAGGUUGAUGAAUUGGCUAAGAAGUUAAAGGCAUUAGAGAAACAAAUGGUUCAUGGGGGUAAAAAUAUUGUGGACAGCGUUAAUGAGAAUGAAUUGAGGCUUGAACAACAAAGAGCUGAAAUUGCUGCACGAAAGAAACGUGAAAUAGAAAUGCAACAGAUAUUAGAAUUAGAAGAAGAAACGUGCAGUGAACUAAAACAAGUAUUUGCCAGUCUUCAGCAACAAGUCGAUUUCAAAAGAGAAAAAUUAAAGCGAAUCAACAACAAACUACAAUCCAUUCGACAAGAAAUACGAGACAACCAUGAAGUGUACGUUAAAGAUAGACAGGAAAUUGAAGAGGCGAAUGACGAAGCUGCUAUGCAUCUACGACAAUGGUUCCUCGUAAUCGACAAUUUUGUUCCAUCAGAGGAAAGAUCGAGAUUAAUAAACUUGGCUCAAUUCGAUGAAAACGUUGAUAACUGGAUCCUAAGAAAAGAGAAAAUUAGAGUUAAUCCUAUAGAGAGACCUCUAGCACACAAUUAUAGAAGACCUAUUUCAGACUAUGCUAUACAGAUGAGUCAGAACUCUUCAAAAUUUAGAGGUGAAAAUGUAUUGGAUUUAAAACUAGACAUGCCUCUGCGUACCACCCAGGAUUAUAGUGCUCCCGUAAUUUGUCCACAAAUAAAAUCGAUAGUAAGCGACGUCAUUCGAAAUGAAAUGGAUAGCAAUCAUCUCGUCAUUAAGUUGCCUGCACAUUCUGUAGGUAGAAACUCUUCUAAAUUGGAACAAGAAGGAAAAUACAAGCAAGCUACAAAAGUCAUGGUAGAUAUGCACAAUUACAGAAACCGGCAAAUUCCAAAAUCUGCUAAAGCUGUCUUUCCGUAAAUAGUAAUAAAAUUUGUACAUAUAUUAUACUUUACAGAAUUUAUAUU